AUGUCAGGCUACGAUUUUUAUGGCACAUCUGUAAGCAUGUGUAAAUCAACAUCAUUUUUGUAUUUUGCUGGUGGUGUAAUAGCUCUUACUUGUAUGUAUUUGGCAGCAAUCGAUCGCUAUUUGCAAACAUGUCGAUCAGCUGCUCGACGAGAAUGGAUGACAUUAUAUACAGCUCGACUAUUAGUUUUUUUGGCUAUUUUAGUAUCUUCUGGCAUCAGUGUUCCUUUCGCUAUAUAUCGAAAUGUUACACCUGACUAUCAACUAUGUCAGUAUGUUAAUAGUAUCUUUAAACGCAUAGCAUCUCUUAUGUACGCAAUCGUUGGUGUUCCCAUGCCGAUUAUACUUUUGAGUGUUUUUGGUUUUCUUACCUGGCACAAUUUGAAAGCAUCUAGCCAACAUCAACGUUCACGUUUAGUUACACAUCAACUCAAUCAACAAGUGGCUCGAAUGAUAUUGAUUCAAACAAGUAUGGUAGUUGUUUCAGUAUUACCAGCAUCACUUUUGCAAGCAUAUUUUUUAACAACAGGCAAGGGUAGUCAAGGAGUAACAGUCGCGGAUAAAUUCCUACUUUGUACUACACAACUUUUGUUGUAUGCACAUUCAUGCGCUUCUUUUUAUGUUUAUCUACUUGUAUCACCAACUUUUCGACGUCGCGUAAAAAUCAUGUUAUGCUUGAAACAAUUUCAUUCGACACGUGUAGUUGCUUUUACAUUACAAACCAAUGCAACUAGAAUGCAAACGAUCAUAUCGUGA